UCAGCUUCAUCCUGAUGUCAAAUCCUUCACGGUGCUGCAUCUGUCUGGAUGAGUUCAUCAACCCAGCCUCUCUCCCCUGUGGACACUGCUUCUGCCUGGUGUGCAUAGGAGAUUACUGGAGAAUCAAGGAGAGCUUCCAGUGCCCCCUCUGCAUGACAGUCUUCCCCAAAAUGCCACAACUAAAGACCACACACACACCACAAACUGAAAAUGAAACCACACCUCUAAAAGCCGGAGUGGUCCCAUGUGAUUUCUGUCGACCCAAGCAGCCUGCAGUGCGGUCCUGCUUGGUGUGCCUGGCCUCCUACUGCAAUGCUCAUCUAGAGCCACAUUAUCACAGGGAGGAUCUUGGACGCCAUCUGCUGGUCAGUGUGUCAAAAAACCUAGAGGAUUCUCUCUGCAGGUUGCAUGGGAGGAAGUUGGAAAGGUUCUGCAGGAGUGACAGAACAUUAAUUUGCACCAUGUGCAACAAGACAGAACACAGGGGUCACCACACCGUUUCUAUCAGCAAGGAAGCCUCAAAAAGCAAGAUUAAACUAAAACGUAAACAGAUUCAACUUCAGCAAGACAUUCAGGACAAGCUGAGUGUGACUGAAGAAAUGAAGCUAACUGCAGACCUCCAUGAAGAACCUGCAGAGCUUUGGGCACGAAGUAAGAAGCUCAUCAAACAGCUGGAAGAAGAGAUCAGCAAGUUAACAGAGAGAAACGCUGAGCUGGAGCAGCUCUCAAAGACAGAAGACAACCUGCACUUUCUGCAGCGAUUCUUACACUUGUGUUCGUGAUUGGAACCACAAGAUGAUGGCAAUGAUGAAGAUUCGAGCCCAACACCUCUGAACUGAAAAUUCUUGUUAUAUUUGCAACUGACAUAUUUUGACUAUAUUUUUAAUAAAAAUACAAUGCUGUGAAGUAAAAAUGAAAAUGUAAUUAUUGUUUUUGUAUGAGAGGCC